CGGCUCGCGCGGCGCCCGCCCUCAGCAGCCAGAGCGGCUUCUUCUGAGGCGGCGGCUGAGGCAGCGCCCGGUGUCUUGCUCGCGGUCUCUGCAGCGGCUUGCUGCUCCCGUCCCGGCCGGCGAGGCGGCCGUCCAGCCCCUCGGGCCGGCAGGCGAUGGUGCGGCGGAGUGCGCGGACGCGGGCGGCGCGGCGGCGGGCAUGAAGGAGGAUGGAAGGGCAGGACGAGGUGUCGGCGCGGGAGCAGCACUUCCACAGCCAAGUGCGGGAGUCCACGAUCUGUUUCCUUCUCUUUGCCAUUCUCUACAUUGUCUCCUACUUCAUCAUCACAAGAUACAAGAGAAAAUCAGAUGAGCAAGAAGAUGAAGAUGCGAUAGUCAACAGGAUUUCGUUGUUUCUGAGCACGUUCACUCUAGCAGUUUCAGCUGGGGCAGUUUUGCUUUUACCCUUCUCAAUAAUCAGCAAUGAAAUCCUGCUUUCUUUUCCUCAAAACUACUAUAUUCAGUGGCUAAAUGGCUCCCUGAUUCAUGGUUUGUGGAACCUUGCUUCUCUCUUUUCCAAUCUUUGUUUAUUUGUGUUGAUGCCCUUUGCCUUUUUCUUUCUGGAAUCAGAAGGUUUUGCUGGCCUGAAAAAGACUAAGGUCAAAGGGGAGAAUCAGCUUGAGGAGGGGUAUGAGAAGGGAAUCCGAGCCCGAAUUUUAGAAACUCUGGUCAUGCUUAUUCUUCUGGCCUUGCUUAUUCUUGGGAUAGUGUGGGUAGCCUCGGCACUCAUUGACAAUGACGCUGCGAGUAUGGAAUCUUUAUAUGAUCUCUGGGAGUUCUACCUACCUUAUUUAUAUUCCUGUAUAUCAUUGAUGGGAUGUUUGUUACUUCUCUUGUGCACUCCAGUUGGCCUCUCCCGCAUGUUCACAGUCAUGGGGCAGCUGUUGGUGAAGCCAACAAUUCUUGAGGACCUGGAUGAACAAAUUUAUAUUAUUACUCUAGAGGAAGAAGCACUUCAGCGACGACUAAAUGGUCUUCAUUGCUGCGUGUGGGCUUUCUCUAGUUGCGGACUGUCUUCAUCAGUGGAACACAAUAUAACGGAGUUGGAACAAGAACUUGACAACGUAAAGACUCUUAAGACAAAAUUAGAGAGGCGCAAAAAGGCUUCAGCAUGGGAAAGAAACUUGGUGUAUCCUGCUGUUAUGGUUCUCCUUCUUAUUGAGACAUCCAUUUCGGUCCUCUUGGUGGCUUGUAAUAUUCUUUGCCUGUUGGUUGAUGAAACAGCAAUGCCAAAGGGAACAAGGGGGCCUGGAAUAGGAAAUGCUUCUCUUUCUGCUUUUGGUUUUGUGGGAGCUGCACUUGAAAUCAUUUUGAUUUUCUAUCUUAUGGUGUCCUCUGUUGUCGGUUUCUAUAGCCUCCGAUUUUUUGGAAACUUUAUUCCCAAGAAGGAUGACACAACGAUGACAAAGAUCAUUGGGAAUUGUGUGUCAAUCUUGGUCUUGAGCUCCGCACUGCCUGUUAUGUCAAGAACACUGGCGCUUAUGUGGCCUCCAUUAUUUAUUCAAGGCCCACAGCUGUCGGGGAUGCAGGCUGUGCCAGGAAGGGUAUAAGCUUUGUGGUCAUCUUCAUAAUGCUUACAGAGAAGUUCAUGUUUUAAUACAAGUGGAAUCUAAAUGUAAAUGUAGAAGGGACCGCCGUUCCACAGACUAAUACAAAGCUCAUUUACUUAGAGGUCUUAUUUCUUUUGUGUUUGCAUUAUAGGACUUGUUAUCGUUUUGACAUCUGCUUAUGGUGUGCUAAUCUUGAAAAUGCCAUAAAUAUACACUUUAGUAACUUGAUUUGUAGCUAACUGUGAUCGUUUGUAUUAUGGCAGUCCAACAAAUAAUUUCUGUGAUAUUGUAGCCAACCUACCAUUUUAUCAUUUAUGAAAUUCACUGUGCUCUGUUAUUUAAGAUUAAUUGUUAAUAGUAAUAUAUGGAUUUUAUGGAAGAAAAUUACGUGCUGAGUACAGUUUUAAUACAAAGAAAACAAAUUAAUGGCAAAAUGUGCUUUUUGAAGAUCAACAAAUUAAAUUCCUGAGUAGUUUGCCAUAGAGAUAAAUAAAAAGAAGAAAAAGAAAGAUGGAACAAUUAAAAUGCAGCUAACAAAUGCCUGGACCCAGCUGUCCAAACAGGAUUAAUGGAGUGCAUUAGGGUACAGUGAGUCAUGUGGUGCUUUGCAAAAUAUCAACACGCACUGCACUACAUGUUAUGCCCAGUGGCACUGAAUAGAUGAAAAGAAAUAAAUACGUUAAACAGAUUCAUAGAGGCUUUUCACAGUAUUAAAAAAGCAAAUUUCUAGACUAAAAGAAAAAGCUUUAUUUUAGUAUUAUGGGAAAUGCAAACUAGAGAGUUACUUUGUAAUGCCUCUAUUAACCCUUUAGAAUUGAGUCUUUGAUUUUAAGAAGAUAAAAUAUAGAGAAUUGUCAUGAAUAUUAUCUUAGUGUAUAACGGGAUUUUGAUUUACUAGCUGAAAAGCUUAUAAGACUAGAAUAGAGGAUGUAUUUAACAACCAAAUUCCAAGCUGUGAAAUUUUUCACUCUUUCUCAUUGCCUCUCACAAGGAAGUCCUGACCUUUAGGGUGCUCUCCUUUGCUCCUGUGAAUUCAGCCGGCGUUCUCAGUUAAAUGAGAAAUGAAGGAGCAAGGAAAAUUAUAAUUUAUCUGUAUAAGUGCAGUUUUUCUCUUACUUUAGUAAUUUUUAGUGAUGAUUAUAACUUUAAUUGUAAAUUGCAAGUGUAUUGAAUCCUGUAUAAAAUGAUUAAUUUGGUGAUAUUUUUGCUUCAAAAAGGAAAAUGUUUUUUAAAAAAUUUAAUUUGCCAACUGCUAUUGCUGCAUCAUUGGUAUAAACUAUAGCUUUAGACUUGAAUGCCUGGUGUGAUAUGACAGAUUUAUUACAGAAUUCCUCUGAAAUAGCUUCUUAUAUUUAAAUAUGGAAGAUUUUAUACUAAUUAAAAAAUUACCACUAAGUAGAUUUUACAAGCAUAUCACUUGCCACAAAGAAUUAGGUUGUGAGGAGCAUUUUGGCUAUGUAUUUUUAGCCAAAUAUAAUUAAUAUCGAUGAUAGUUUUGUUGUCCAUUGGAAACACAAAGAAUCUGUGCGUAACACUUUUUAUUUGAAAUCUUUAAAACCUUUUAAAACUGAUGCCAUGUCAGUGGAUAUGCUUUCCAAAACGUUGUUUUGCUGCCUGUUUAGUGUUCAGUUUUGAAAAAUCCAACAUUUUGAGGGAUAUGAUGUCCUUAUUUUUAGCAAUCAAUUUACUCUUUGGUAUAAUAGACUCUCAAGGUGAUUAGAGGAGAUGGUUCACAAAGUGAAAAUAGAACAGGCUCAAACCUAAUAAAUUAUUUAUAGAGGCCCAGACUUUGCUAUAACAAAAUAUUUUAAAGGCAGCAGUGAAUUUUGUGAGAAUAGAUUUUGCGAGAUUGCUGACAUGUUCUUGGUUAUGCUUAAUCAAGAAACAACUGAGAGAUUGACAGUUUUUACAUUAUUCUUUAUUUGAAAUCUCCUUUAACAGGAAAAAUUUUCUCAGAUGCAACCAAUAGACUUCGUAAUACUUUUACUAAUUUCCAUUUUGAAGUUAUUUUUAUAGUUAGUUGUAUUUUCAUCCUGAAAUUCUUUCUGUAAAUUUUAAGUUAUUCAAGGCCCAAAAGCAGAUUUUUUUUAAUACACUUAAAACAAAAAACAACCUUUCAAAUCAGCUUGGAUCUAUUUUUAGUAUUUCCAUGUAUUUCUCAUCUGGGUCCCAUAUAGUCCAUCAUCUUGCAGGAUUUAAAGUGUAUUAUUCUCUUUUGUUCCUUGAUGAAGGGACUAUGUUUAAAAACUGGUCCUUUGCGGGAGAGGUCUUUAUUUGGGUUUGUAAAUACACUAGUAAUCUUUACCCUGAGCUUUCCCUCUCCAGUGUGAAUCAGAAAUAAAUGAUGCUUAGACAUGACAAAUGUGAAAUUGAAGUAUAAAUCUUAAUAUAUAUUCCUAAUUAUGGCUUUGAUGUAAAAAUAAUUCUAAACCCUGUAUUGAAAAUUUCUCCGCAAAAAAAUUGUGUAUGACUUAAUUAUAUUCUGUUAUAUUGCAGAGCGUAAUAAAUGAGUGGUAAAAUUAACUUUUGAUUGAUUACUAAUGUUCUUAUACCUGACCAAUAAAUUUGUAUAUCUAGUUAGGAUUUUUAAUUAUAAAGGAAAAGUAUUCUGUGUCAAAUGUCUGAAAGAAG